AUGCGUUGCAUUUAUAAGCUGUGUGCAGCAGCAGCAGCAGCAGCUGCUGCUGCUGCUGCUGCAGCUCUCCUCCUCCUGCUGCUGCUGUUACUCCUCCUCCUCCUCCUCCUGCUGCUGCUGCUGCUGCAGCAGCAGCAGCAGCAGGAGACGGGGAAGAAAGAGCAGCAGCAGCAGCAGCAGAAGCAGCAAGAGGGUGCUGCAGCUGCAAGCAGCAGCCUGACUUCCUCUUCUUCCGCCUCAAGCAGCAACAACAACAACAGCAGCAGCAGCAGCAGCAGCAGCAGCAGCAGCAGCAGCAGCUGCUGCUGCAAGCAGCAGCCUGACUUCCUCUUCUUCCGCUUCAAGCAGCAACAACAGCAGCAGCAGCAGCAGCAGCAGCAGCAGCAGCAGCAGCAACAAGAACAAAAGAGCAGCUAG